CCAUCGAACGUGUGGGUAAUACCUAUGUACUAAGUAUAAAUAAUAAAGGAACACUUAAGUAUAAAAGGAACGUACCACUGCAUAUGAGCAUUAUUCGUCCACAACUCUUUAUUCUUAAAUAGGAAAAUCUAUACUGACACGAUGAAGUACAUCUACGUGUUGUCUAUUCUGCUGGUUUUUGCUACUGUCCAGGCUGAUGAGAAGUACAGCUCGGAGAAUGAUGACCUGGACAUCGACGCCGUGGUAGCUGAUGUUGAUGCCCUCAAAGGCUUCGUUGGGUGCUUCAUGGACGCUGUGACUUGCCACGCUGUUGCUGCCGAUUUCAAAAAGGAUCUUCCUGAAGCGGUGGCGACAAGCUGCUCUAAAUGUACGGAUGCCCAGAAGCAUAUCUUCCACAGGUUCCUUCUUGGACUGAAACAAAAGCUGCCUGCUGACUACGAAGCCUUCAAGAAGAAGUUUGACCCUGAAGGUCUACACUUCCAUACUCUUGAGGCCAAUGUUGCCAACUCUUAAAGACCUUUGAGAAUGCACAGGCUAAACAACUCUUAUUACAUCAUUAUAACCUAGAUUAAUUUUAAUAAACGGCUAACUGCCAAUUUCAGUAACU